AUGGAAAUUCCUGAAGUUAAGAGUUUGAGAAAAACUGAUUUAAAAGCAAACGUCGGUAAUAAAACAACGAGUAUAGUUAAAGAUAAACCAAGACGGAAGAAGAGAAUAGAAAAGAAAUAUGUGCCACCAAAACCUCAAUUAAGAGAUGGUGCCGUUGCCGUAAGAACUACAUUCUACUGUCCUUUCUUUGGAGUCGUGAGAAUGACCACCCAUGUUAGCAAUUACGAAGCAAUCAAAGAAUUCGUAUAA